AUGGCAAGGUCGCUUGUAAACAAUGAAGUUUUAUAUUUUCUUGAAAAUAAUUGGAGUUUAAGUGAAAAUGACUCGUUUGUAAAUAAUAUUGUUGAAUUUUACAGUUUUGAGGAUAUUGAUAAUGCUAUUAAAGCUCUGAAAAACGAAUUAGUUAAUUUGAAAAUAGAAAAAAUUGAAAAGUUUCAGUCUCGCGGGAAUAGGAAAAUAGAGAAAUUGUUUGAAUGGAUUUUCAUAAUGAAAUAUUUAAAGGAGAAUAAAUAUUGGGAAAAGUGUUCUAUAUUUGUGAGUUCUAACUUAAAUAAAGUUCCAAAGCUCAGCAACAACACAAAAGCAGACAACAAACCAAAAGUAUCAACAAACAAGGUAGCUGACUCUAAGACAGUUGAGAAAAAACCAGUUAGAAUUAUUGGACAAAAAAUUCUAGAUAACGGUAAAUUAAAGGCAGACAAAGAGUUAAUUAAAAAAUCUGUUUUCUGUCUAAGCAACAUUAGCAAAUGCCACAGAAAUGAUGUCGAAGAAUAUCUGACUACUAACGGAAUUAGACUUUUAUCAUGCUAUCCAGUCGUUAAACAGUUUAAGAAAAAAUCGACACCAUCUGAAAAUAGUUUUGAUAACAACACAGUCAACUAUUCUGAUGAUAAAACUAAAGAUGAUAUAGAGUCCUCUAUGUUCAGAGUUUGCAUUGAUAGAAAUGACGUUAAAAAAAUAAAGGACCCAGCGAUAUUGCCGCAACACAUUAUAAUGCGCGAGUGGCAAUUUAAUAAAAAAGCUGAAGUUACUGUUGAAAAAACAAAGAAAGAUGGAUAA